CGUCAUGAUUUCACAUAACGGGGAAAGAGGGGAACUAACUUAAUUAGUGUACCGGUUUUCUCGUUACUUCCUGUCUCUCCAACCAGCUGACAGCCUCGUGACAAGCUGGUGGUCGGCCCAUGCGCAGACUUGCGCUUUGUGUAAACCGAACAUGGCGCCGUCCUGAGUUUUAUUACUGAGCGAAGCGCAGUUGUCAAUGCUCAGCGGUACAAUUUUCGAAAAAAAGGACAGAAACAUUGACACGUUUUGGAAGGUUGAGGGUACAGGGACGGAAACAAGUCGCAUCUGGUAUUAACCCUUAAGGCCUUGCCGGAAGAUGAAUGUCCUCAAAGAGAAUAAAGACUUGGCCUGUUUCUACACAACCAAACACUCCUGGAGGGGGAAGUACAAGCGAGUUUUCUCUAUUGGGACACACGGCUUGACAACAUACAACCCUACGACAUUAGAAGUUACAAACCAGUGGCCUUAUGGGGAUAUAUGUGGUAUCUCACCAGUUGGAAAAGGACAGGGCACCGAAUUUAACCUUACCUUCCGGAAGGGUAGUGGGAAGAAGUCUGAGACACUCAAGUUUUCCACUGAACAUCGCACAGAGCUGCUGACAGAGGCGCUGAGGUUUAGAACAGAUUUUGCUGAGGGAAAGAUAACUGGAAGACGUUAUAACUGCUACAAGCAUCAUUGGAGUGACACACGGAAGAUGGUGGGGUUAGAGGUCACGCCAGGGGGCAUUGACCAGAUCGACCUCCACACCAACCGGGUUCUCUGUUCCUAUGAUUAUCGUUGCAUCGAAGGUUUUGCAGAAGUUUCAGACUACCAAGGGGGUUUCUGCAUCAUCUAUGGAGGCUUCAGCAGACUGCACCUCUUUGCAUCAGAGCACCGUGAUGAGAUCAUCCGCAGUGCUAUUGAGCAUGCUGGGAACUUUAUUGGGAUAAUGUUGCGCCUGAGAAAGGAGCCUUUAAGCUUUGAAGGCUUUGUCAGUGAGAGGCUCGGCAAGUAUGGUUCAGACGAGAGCAUAACGUCCCUUGCUGAGUUUGUAGUGCAAAAGAUCUCACCACGACAUGCGGAGCCUGUCAAGAGGAUCCUGGCCCUCACCGAGACAUCUCUGGUGGAAAGAGACCCUGCUUCCUACAACAUUGUCACCAUCAAACCCUUUGGAGAGGUUUUUGCGCUCAUCUGCGAUGCCGAGAACCCUCAGAUAUUCACAGUCGAGUUCAUCAGAGGACAGAUACGAAAGUACUGCUCCACAGAUAGGGACUCUCUGUUGGCCAGUCUAUUGGAUGGGGUGCGGGCUUCCGGUAACAGAGACGUGUGUGUAAAAAUGGCCUCCACUCAAAGAGGGCAGCGCUGGGGACUUCUCAGCAUGCCCGUUGAUGAGGAGGUAGAGAGCCUCCAUCUCAAAUUCCUCGCUGCUCCACCCAAUGGAAAUUUUGCUGAUGCAGUGUUCAGAUUCAAUGCCAACAUCUCCUACAGUGGAGUUCUACAUGCAGUCACUCAAGAUGGCCUUUUCUCAGAGAACAAAGAGAAACUGAUCAACAAUGCCAUCUUGGCUCUCCUGUCCCAGGAUGCUGAGUUGGGCGGACCCAAUGCUGAACUGGAGGCCCAAUUCCAGGCCAUCAGACGACUUGUUGCCUCUAAAGCUGGCUUUCAGGCCUUUACCCAGCUCCCUAAGUUUAGGGAGAGAUUGGGUGUGAAGACCGUUAAAGCACUGAAGAGGAACAAUAAUGGCGUAACGCAUGCUGCUAUUGACAUGCUCUGCGCCCUUAUGUGUCCAAUGCAUGAUGAUUAUGACUUGAGGCAGGAGCAGCUGAACAAAGCCUCUCUUCUAUCAUCCAGAAAGUUCCUGGAGAGCCUUUUGGAGAAAUUCAUCAGUAACGUGGACCAUGGUACAGGCGCUUUAGUGAUCAGUGCACUGCUAGAUUUCUUGACCUUUGCACUUUGUGCGCCUUACAGUGAAACGAGUGAAGGCCAGCAGUUCGAUAUGCUGCUGGAGAUGGUGGCCUCCAAUGGACGCACACUUUUCAAACUCUUCCAGCAUCCCUCUAUGGCUAUAGUGAAGGGUGCAGGGCUGGUUAUGAAGGCCAUAAUUGAGGAGGGAGAUAAGGAAAUAGCCACAAAGAUGCAGGACUUGGCAUUGAGUGAAGGUGCUUUACCCAGACAUCUGCACACAUCUAUGUUCACAAUCAGCACUGAUCAGAGGAUGCUUACGAACAGACAGCUGAGUCGUCACCUCGUGGGUUUGUGGACGGCUGAGAAUCCUGUUGCUAUGAACCUCCUCAAGAGAAUCUUUCCAACUGGGCUCCUGGCAUAUUUGGACAGCUCUGAUCCUGUGCCAGAAAAGGACGUGGACAGAAUGCACAUCCGUGACAACCUCAAGAUCGCUUCUGACCAGUUUGGACGCACUAAGGUGCCGGAGUGGCAGCGAAUAGCGGGCAAGGCUGCCAAAGAGGUAGAGAAGUUUGCUAAAGAAAAGGCUGACCUGGUGCUCAUGCACUGGAGAGACAAGAUGGGCAUUGCACAGAAGGAGCAGGACAGGAAUAACUUGAACCCAAACCAAAAACCUGUUGUCUUGAGGAAGAGAAGACAGCGGAUCAAGAUAGAGGCCAAUUGGGAGCUCUUCUACUACAAAUUUAAUAUGGAUCAUGCACAGUCGAAUCUAAUCUGGAACCUGAAGACUCGUGAGGAGCUGCGUGAUGCUCUGGAGGGAGAAAUGCGCUCCUUCAGUGUAGACCGAGAGCUUGGGAGCACCAAUGUGAUUUCCUGGAAUCAUCAAGAGUUUGAGGUGAAGUAUGAGUGCCUUUCUGAUGAAAUCAAAAUUGGGGAUUAUUAUCUGCGCCUUCUGCUGGAGGAGGAUGAGAAUGAGGAGUCUGGAGCCAUCAAGAGAUCGUAUGAGUUCUUUAACGAACUAUAUCAUCGUUUCCUCUUAACACCCAAGGUGGCAAUGAAGUGUAUGUGCCUGCAGGCUCUGACGAUAGUAUAUGGCAAGUGCUGUGAGGAAAUCGGCCCUUUCACCGACACCAAAUACAUUGUGGGCAUGUUGGAUAGGUGUACUGAUAAACUAGAGAGAGACAGGCUUAUUCUCUUCCUCAACAAGCUCAUUCUGAACAAGAAAAAUGUCAAGGACAUAAUGGACUCAAAUGGUGUGCGCAUUCUAGUAGACUUGCUGACCUUGGCCCACCUGCAUACAAGCAGAGCUACUGUUCCACUACAGAGUAACGUAUUGGAAGCAGCUCCAGACAUGAAGAGAGAGAGUGAGAAGGAGUGGUACUUUGGGAAUGCUGAUAAGGAAAGGAGAGGACCUUUUAGUUUUGAGGAGAUGCAGGAGUUUUGGAAAUCAGGCACACUGACUGCGAAGACACGGUGCUGGGCACAGGGCAUGGAUGGCUGGCGCCCUCUCCAGGCCAUUCCACAGCUGAAGUGGUGCACUCUGGCCAGUGGGCAGGCCGUGAUGAAUGAAACAGACCUGGCCACACUGAUCCUCAAUAUGCUCAUCACCAUGUGCUCUUACUUCCCUAGCAGAGAUCAGGACAAUGCCAUUAUCCGUCCUUUACCCAAAGUGAAGAGGCUAAUUAGUGACAACACUUGCCUGCCCCAUAUUGUUCAGCUGCUGCUGACCUUUGACCCCAUCCUGGUAGAGAAGGUGGCCAUCUUGUUAUACCUGGUGAUGCAGGACAACCCCAACCUGCCACGUCUUUACUUCACUGGUGUUUUCUUUUUCAUCAUGAUGUACACGGGCUCUAAUGUGCUCCCAGUGGCACGUUUCCUGAAAUACACUCACCUGAAGCAGGCUUUCAAAUCAGAAGAGGCUAAAGGUCAAGACAUUGUGCAGAGGAGUGUGUUAGGGCCAGUGUUACCUGAGGCAAUGGUGUGUUACCUAGAGAAUUAUGAGGCUGAACACUUCUCAGAGAUCUUCCUGGGAGAGUUUGACACUCCUGAAGCAAUCUGGAGCAGUGAGAUGAGGCGUAUGAUGAUAGAGAAGAUUGCUGCUCACCUGGCUGAUUUCACUCCUCGGCUCCAGAGCAACACUCGUGCUCUGUAUCAGUACUGCCCCAUUCCUGUAAUUAGUUUUCCUCAGCUGGAAUAUGAGCUGUUCUGCAACAUCUACUACCUCCGUCACCUCUGUGACUCCAACCGCUUCCCUGACUGGCCUAUACGGGAUCCGGUAAAGCUAUUAAAGGACACAUUGGAAGCCUGGAAAAAGGAGGUGGAGAAAAAACCUCCCUCCAUGUCAGUGGAUGAUGCCUAUGAAGUGCUGAACCUUCCCACUGGACAGGGCCAGCAUGAGGAGAGCAAAAUCAGGAAAGCAUAUUUCCGAUUGGCUCAAAAAUACCAUCCAGACAAAAAUCCAGAGGGCAGGGACACUUUUGAAAAGGUGAACAAGGCAUAUGAGUUUCUGUGCACUAAAUCUGCGAGAAUCAUAGAUGGACCAGACCCUGAAAACAUCAUCCUUAUCCUCAAGGCCCAGAGCAUCCUCUUCAACCGACACAAACAAGAACUGGAGCCAUAUAAAUACGCAGGCUACCCCAUGCUUAUUAAAACCAUUACCAUGGAGACCAGUGAUGAGCAGCUUUUCUCCAAAGCAUCUCCACUCUUGCCAGCAGCUUCUGAGCUCACCUUCCACACGGUCAACUGCUCAGCACUCAAUGCUGAGGAACUGCGGCGAGAAAAUGGCAUUGAGGUCCUGCUUGAGGCGCUGUCUCGCUGUGUGGCUGUGCUUACGGCUUCCAGCAAAAUGGAGGACAUGGCAGUACAGGUGUGCGGCCACAUCUGUAGGUGCUACAGUGUAGCUGCUCAGUUUGAGGAGUGCAGAGAGAAAAUCAUUGAGCUUCCAAACAUCAUCAGAGAUGUUUGUCACAUACUAUAUUAUGGCAAAGCUCUUCCUCGUCUUGCCUUGCUAGCUGUGGAGAGUGUGAGCUCGUUCUCUGUGGACUUCUUUCUCCAGACGCGUAUGUAUCAGGCUGGUGCACUCUGGCCGCUGCUUCUCAGCCUCUUUAGUUAUGACUUCACACUGGAGGAGAGUGGGGUCCAGGCCAGCCAGGAAACCAACCAGCAGCAUGUAGCCAACAGCCUGGCCAAACUCAGUCUGACAGCUCUUGGCCGCCUUGGAGGCUACAGGGCUGGAGCAGAGGUUGAAGGGAAUGGGACAAAGCAGAAUGGGGGUGGGCCAGAGCCACCUCCAGAGAACCCUGCAGUCAGGAAGAGUCUGGCGGCCAUGCUCACACCAUACAUUGCCCGUAAACUGGGCACCAGCUCACCUGCUGAGGUGCUAAAGUUGGUCAAUUGUAACUCGGAGACACCAUAUCUGAUCUGGAACAAUGGAACCAGAGCUGAGCUCCUUGAGUUUCUUGAGGCACAGCAAGAAGGAAACAUAAAGAGGGGUGAAUGCGACAAAAGCUUUGGAGCAGAGUUUGUCUUCAGUGAGCACAGUAAAGAGCUCAUUGUGGGAGAGAUCUUUGUUCGCGUUUAUAACGAGCAGCCUACCUUUCCUCUGGAGUAUCCAAAAAUGUUUGCGGGAAGUCUUCUGGACUAUGUGGGUUCUCAGGCACAGUACCUCCACACACUGCUGGCAAUGACACAGACAAAUAAACUGGAGUCACAGCAGCAUGCUCACAGACUACACUGGGCUGAGAUGGCCUUGGAAGCACUGUGCAACGUUAUGAAGAACAACCCAGGCUCUGAAACAGAGUGCAUUGGCCAUUUUAAACUGCUCUUUUCCCUGCUCAGAGUCCAUGGGGCUGGGAAAGUUCAGCAGCUAGUCCUGGAGGUUGUGAACAGUGUGACUUCAAAUCAGGAAUGUGUCAGCAACAUAGCUGAGUCUCUGGUGUUGGCCAAUCUGCUAUUAUUGCUGCACUCCUUACCAUCCAGCAGGCAGCUUGUCCUGGAGACUCUGUAUGCCCUCACUUCUAACACCAAGAUUGUCAAAGAGGCAAUGACCAAAGGUGCACUGAUCUACCUAUUGGAUCUGUUCUGUAAUUCCACUCACCCUCAGGUGCGCACUCAAACAGCUGAGCUCUUCUCCAAGAUGUCUUCAGACAAGCUUGUGGGCCCCAAGGUGCGUCUGAUCCUGGUGCGUUUUCUGCCAGGCGUUUUUAUGGACGCCAUGCGAGACAAUGCUGAAGCCGCUGUGCACAUCUUUGAGGGCACUCAUGAAAACCCAGAGCUGAUUUGGAAUGAUGCAUCACGAGAGACCGUCUCCACCACCGUCCGGGAAAUGAUGCUUGAACACUUCAAGCAGCAAAAGGAUAAUCCUGAUGUCAAUUGGAAGCUUCCUGAGGACUUCACAAUACCGUAUGCAGGGGGGCAGGGUGAGCUGGAAGUGGGUGGAGUGUUCCUGCGAAUCUUCAUUGCUCAGCCAGGCUGGGUGCUGCGCAAGCCUCGAGAUUUCCUUGUCUCCCUGCUCGAGACCCUCACUGAGCUGCUGGAGAAGAACCACCCUAAUGGUGAGGCGUUAGAGACGGUCACCACAGCAGCUGUGUGUUUGUUCAGUACUCAGACUCAGUUGGCUGAUCAGGUUCCUCCUCUUGGUCACCUGCCUCGAAUCUUAGCAGCCCUCAACCACAAGGACAACGCUGUUCCUAAAAGCUCCAUCCGCCUAAUCCAUGUCCUCUCAGAGAAUGAGUUGUGUGUACGCUCCAUGGCAGCUUUGGAGACCAUCGGGCCAUUGAUGUGUGGGAUGAAGGUCAGGGCUGAUAUGGCAGGACUAGCAUGUGAAGCCCUCAACCGCAUGUUCCAGCGAGAGCAAACCGACCUAGUUGCACAGGCGCUUAGAGUAGAACUGGUGCCAUAUUUGCUGAAGCUUUUAGAGGGAGUAGGAUUAGAGACUCUGGACAACCCCUCAGCAACCAAAGCCCAAAUUGUCAAAGCCCUUAAAUCCAUGACUCGCAGUCUACAGUAUGGAGAACAGGUGAAUGAAAUUCUGUCUCGAUCCACUGUGUGGAGUGCCUUCAAAGAUCAAAAACAUGAUCUCUUCAUCUCGGAAUCACAGACUGCAGGCUUUCUGCCAGGUGUGUCCACUCCUUCUCUCCUGGCUGCCAGUAGUCCAUUGCGGAGUGGCCUCUAGGGGGGCUCUCCCCAUCCUCUUCUCUUUAACUUUUACAAAGGUCCGGCAGUAGCAGGCUAUCUAACUGCUGGCACGGGUGCUACAGUUUUGUCCAGCGUCCCUCCACCUGUAGACAAUGACAUUGGAGACCUGGGCUGAAAACCAAACCUGCACUAACAGUUCAGAGAAUGCACCACUUUCCUAAGAGCAGCAGGGUUGAUGAGACAGACAGAUAAAUGACUUAAAGAAAGAGGAAAGGGUUAGGUGUUUUACAGCCCUUGUGUAAACUUUCCUCUAAAUGUGUGCUGCUAUGUUCUCUGUGUGUUUGUGUUGUGUUCCCUCACAGCGCACAGUCAUUAAUUAUCUCCUUUUUUCUUUUUAAAUUUUUUGCUCUUGUUCCUAUUGUAUUACAUUCUAUACUUUUUCUUUUCAUUUUUUUUCCAGAGAAGAGGAAAAUGUUUACUUUUGUAUGAGAAUAUUUUUUGCAGGAGGAAAAAAGACUCCUGAAGUGAAUACACCGUUAGAGAUCCAACCCUUAGUUUAUUCUUUCCCCAUCGCCUUAAUUUCUGUCAUGCCCUCCAUGCUGUGUCUCCACAAGACUUCUAAUGACUUCUUAUUUUAACCAAAUCUUGGACUAUCAUGAGCUUCCAGACCUGCAGCUUUGUCAUGCCAUACCUCCUCACCUUGUUGUGUUUUCUCUUAACCCAGACAUGAUUGAAUACUUGAUAGAUACAGGAGAAAUGAAGAACUGCCACUGUCAGUUACAACACCCCAUAGACUGGUCAGUCUUCAAGCCCCCUUUAUGUAUCUAAAGACAUCCUGCUUUUUCUACCUUUUCUCACCCAGAAUGCAAUCACUCAAAUAUUGAUAACUAGCUGAGCACUUAACUAAGGAAUGAUUUUCACCACCUGAAAGAAUGAGCUUCUGUAAAAGUUCCCAGAGGAAAUGACACUGUCUCUGGUUAAAAUCUAUGUGAAAGAUUAGUGCAGUUGUCAAACUGUCUAUUAUAAUAUGACAUAUAUAAACUUUCUAUAUUGAAUGUACAAUUUAAAAAAAAUCAGUCACACUUGUACAUAAAAUUUUAAGAAUAAAAGGGAAUCCACAGUG